CUGACUGCUCGAGCUCUGUUGUGGCAGUGCAUGGUUAUAACGGCAAGACGGUGGAAAUGAUUUGAAAAUGAAUAGAGAGCUAUGCAAUACUGCUGGUGUAAUGCUCUAAAUGUAAUCUAAUAGAGAAUAUAGUAAUUUAUCAACCUAUAUUUUCUCCCUUUGUUUUCAUACUGUUCAGAUAAAAAAAACGUGUGUUCGUUACUCAAUAUCCAAGUUUAGGCUACUGUGUAACUGUUAUGGCUAGAUUCUGUCAGGUACAUGUGUAUAGCGUCUAGGAACCGUUGUUCAACUGAAACAUUCUGUGAAGUAAUGGGUUCCAAAUUGACCAGGCAAAGAAGUCUGGACCAAAUAGAAACCACAUUUUCCAACAGGAGACGCCAGCAGCAUGACAGCUCCGGAGAAAGUGAGCGGAGUAGUGGCAGGGGAGACGGGGAAUUCUUGUUUACAUCCCUGAUGCUGAAGUCAGAUAAGCUCCCAGGGAUGCUGCGGAAAACCAAGCACAGCCCCUAUGUGAGACGGGUGGCAUGGAUCCGGGAAAUACAGAAGCUUCUUCGAGAACAAAAACAAGAACAUGCAGUCGAGGUGCUCAAAUUGCUAAGAAAGGACUUGGGACUCCAGGGAACAUCCCUCAAUGAUAUCCUCUAUAAGAACUCAGCCUUUCUCAACCUGGUGGAUCCAAUCUCCCAUGAGCUCUUGCUCAGCCUGGCCAAAGACAUGCAGUGUCCAAAGAGGGAAACAGAUACACUGAAGACAUCCAACAAGAUCUGCAGACAGCUGAUAUUCCACCUGACCCCUCACUCCAAGUGGAUGAGACAAAGCCUUCCCAGGAGGAAGUCGCAGGCCUGUCUUAAAACCACACUGAAGAAGAAACUGACCAACGACGUGGCCAACCUGUCUGGCAUCCCUCUGUCUGGCCGAGACAUCCACCGGGUGGCCUUCUACCUCCAGAGUAGCGGCAACUCUGUGUCGGCCGUGGACCUCAGCUUCACUGAGCUGCAGGACGAGAGCCUGCGUCUACUGCUGCCCUACCUGGGCUCCAUGCCCAAGCUCACCACCCUGGCCAUCAACGGCAACCGUCUGACGGUGGGCGUGCUGAAGGACCUGACGGAGGUGGUGAAGAACCCCCUGCAGUUCGCCAGCCUGGCAUGGGUGGACUUGGGCAACAACGUGGACAUCUUCACUGUGCCACAGCCCCUCCUAGUGGCCCUGCGUAGACGCUUCGGCCUCCGGAGCAGCCUGCCCACCAUUCACGAGUAUAGCGAGGUGCAGGUCUAUAGUAGUUAUACCCUGGAGACCUCUAUUGAAGAACCCAGCCAGUAUGAGGAGGAGGGAGGGGAGGAGGAGGAGGGAGAGGGAAAAGAGGAGGAAGAUAAGCUGGAGCUAGAGGCAUGGGGAGGUGGGGAGAAGUGUGUAUCCACGAUUGUGGCUCUAAACUACUGUGAGAGGUGAUGAGCCAGCGUUGUAAUUUGACAACCCUUUGUACCCUACUGUCCCCUCACCUUGACCUGAGCCCUGCCUCCCGUUUCAGCAUGUGUCAUCAUCGCAGGAGAAGCUUGGGGUCACCAAAUUCAUAAACCACUCACGAGGAGAAAACCCUGUUUUGUGUUGUCUCUUUAUAUGUUCCCGAUUGCAGAGAGAGUUCAAGACAGUUUUGCCAGAAAAUGUACAUUUGAGAAAAAACAGACUGUUCUUGUGUUGGUAAAGACAUAGGUAUUCUAGGCACUGCAGUGAUAUUUUUACUGUGUCCUCCUGCGUAUGUCAUUCUUUAUGAGCAAAGCAAUCCUACACAACAGGAAUAAUAAGACAGAUUAGAUUUCACCUGACUGUUUUGGCUUUCUAAUGUCAAGUGCUUUUUUCUAAUGAGGUACUUCCAUGUAGCACAUGCAGAUUGGAUGACACAGUGGGAGGGUUUGUUUCUAUAAAUAUGCUGCUGUGUUUUAUUGCACAACACACAACAUUUACUAAACGCUGAUUUCAAAACAGAUGGUUUUAAUUAUACAUCCACCAGAUUCACAUUUAUCCAAAAAUAGUUUUUAUCUUCCAAGUAGAGCAGACCCGACUAGGCUGUGAACCUCUGAGUGAGCCUCAACUGGCAGGUUCUGGGUCAGGCUGCCCUUGCCCUGAGCUGGGUGCUGGGGAGAGGACACCCUGUCUGUCUGUCUGUCUGUCAGGGAGGGAGGGAGCUGGGGAGUGGACACCCAGCCUGUCUGUCUGUCUGGGAAGGAGUGAGCUGGGGAGUGGACACCCAGGCUGUCUGUCUGGGAAGGAGUGAGCUGGGGGGUGGACACCCAGGCUGUCUGUCUGUCUGGGAAGGAGUGAGCUAGGGAGUGGACACCCAGGCUGUCUGUCUGUCUGGGAAGGAGGGAGCUGGGGAGUGGACACCCAGGCUGUCUGUCUGGGAAGGAGUGAGCUGGGGAGUGGACACCCAGGCUGUCUGUGAGGGAGUGAGCUGGGGAGUGGACACCCAGGCUGUCUGUCUGUCUGGGAGGGAGUGAGCUGGGGAGUGGACACCCAGGCUGUCUGUCUGGGAAGGAGUGAGCUGGGGGGUGGACACCCAGGCUGUCUGUCUGGGAAGGAGUGAGCUGGGGAGUGGACACCCAGGCUGUCUGGGAAGGAGUGAGCUGGGGAGUGGACACCCAGGCUGUCUGGGAGGGAGUGAGCUGGGGAGUGGACACCCAGGCUGUCUGUCUGUCUGGGAGGGAGUGAGCUGGGGAGUGGACACCCAGGCUGUCUGGGAAGGAGUGAGCUGGGGAGUGGACACCCAGGCUGUCUGGGAAGGAGUGAGCUGGGGAGUGGACACCCAGGCUGUCUGGGAAGGAGUGAGCUGGGGAGUGGACACCCAGGCUGUCUGUCUGUCUGGGAAGGAGUGAGCUGGGGAGUGGACACCCAGGCUGUCUGGGAAGGAGUGAGCUGGGGA